AUGAAGCCACAUCAGCAGAACGGCGGCCGUGUGACGUCAUCUGCCCCGCCCGUGAAAGCAGGGUUCCGUGCAGGAGGCGGCAAUAAGGCGCCGACCCAUCCUCUGAUGGCUGCAGUGCUGGCCCGUAGCCGGCAAAAAGAGCUUCCUGACGACGUCCCCGCCGUUGUUGUUAGUCGCGCCGAGGAUCCAUCUCCUGUUGACGACGCCGACAAUAACGGGAUGGGCACCAGCAGUGCCAUGGACGGCGGAGCAUCCGUGACGAUGCAUGACCAACAGCUGCUCUGUGUUGUGUCCGCCGACAAUGUCAGCUGCUGGACUAGCCCGGCAACCAGUAAUUCUGUGACGUCAUCAUCGUCGACGGCCAACUCGACAACAACACCCAUGUCGGCAAUACCUGCUACCGUGAUGUCUGCUGCUGGCGGGGCAAACAAUACUAAGCUGUCUUCCACGACCGGGGCUGCCAAACGUUUGUUGCCAUUCCCACCCCGGAAAACUGGCGUCUCCGAAAUGAAUCUGCUUCGACCAGUGGCACCUUCCAGUGGCAACACCCUCGGUGCGUUGAUUUGA